UCUAACCAGACUUGUUGCAGGGUAAGUUGCCCCACCCCCCUUUCUUGUCGUAAACCUCAAACCAAUCGGGAUUUAUUCAUGCAAAUAACAGUUUCAUCAUCUAUGCUACAGUUUCGAUAUUUACCUACUAGGUAGGUGCAUGUGGUAUAAAGUAUCGUUGAUUACAAAUGUCGAAAGCAUAAGGCAUUAUUAAACAGUCGAUAAGAUCAGUAAUUCGCAAUAUGGCAGCACUUUGUCGUCAUGACCUGCAGUCCUCUGGAUCAACCCCUCGCGAAUAUGUAUUUAUAAUAACCGCUGCCCCGCUGGAAAGUUUACCCAUAUCUUGUAUAUAAGAAUAUAGUAGUGACCCUUUGAAUCGUAUCAAAUAACUAUCAAAUUGAACCUUGCUACCUUACCUACCUAUCUACCUACAAAGCAUACCUGAUAUCUAAAUCAUCAUGGCAGACAAAUUGUACAUUUCCGAGACGCCUGCUGACGUCAAGAACGCCAAGGGUCUUCAUCUCAUCACACAAAACACGCCAAAUGGCCAGGCCGUACAGAUUCUCUUGGAAGAACUAGCCGAAACAUACGGGACGGCGUGGACCACGACUCUGAUCAACAUCUCUACUAACGAACAGAAGAAGGAGUGGUUCUUACGACUGAACCCCAAUGGCCGUAUCCCGACGCUAAUCGACAACAACCAGAGCCCUCCUUUCCCUGUCCACGAGACAUCCGCCCAGCUCCUCUAUCUCUUGAAUGCCGCAGACAAGGACAAUCAAUUCGGCUUCAAAGACCAGCUCGAACAAAGCGAGCUGAUCCAAUGGACCUUCUUCUGGCAUGGAUCCGGAGCUCCGUACCAGGGCCAGGUCAAUCAUUUUACGCGAGUUGCGCCCGAGAAAAUUGACUACGCCAUCAAUCGCUUCAAGAACGAAACUAUCCGCGUCUACGGCGUGCUCGAGAUCCGACUCUCUGGAAAGUACACCGGCGAGCCGCGAGAGUAUCUAGCCGGCAAGGGCAAAGGCAAGUACUCGGUGGCAGACAUCAAGACAUGGCCUUGGGUCAAGGGGUGGGACAGGAGCGGCUUCACGCAGGAGGAGAUCGGGCAGUUCCCGCACUUGCUACAGUGGAUUGAGCGCAUUAAGCAGCGACCUGCUGUGCAGAAGGGAAUCGGGGCCAAGUAUAACCAAUAAUUUAAGCGACAGAUAGGUAUGUAGCUACUUAGAAAAGGUUACCUAGGUACUGCAUUUAUAUAUGGUCUGAUGUUGAAUU